AUGGCAUACAAGGCCGCAUCGCCGCCGCCGCCGCCAUCCGCGAGCUCAUCGCCGCUCCUCAUCCUCGUCGGCGCCUUCGUCGCGUGGAAGUCGUUCAUCCUCCUCCUCUCCUACGGCAGCGCCCUCGUCGGCCCCGACUACGACACCUCCACGUCCCUACUCUUCUCCCUCCUCGGCGCCCCCUCCUCCUCCUCCUCCACCACCACCCUCGCCGGCCGCCUCACGCGCUGGGACGCCAUCUACUUCGUGCACGGCGCGCGCGUCGGGCACGUCUACGAGCAGCAGUGGGCGUUCAGCCCCGUACUCUCUCUGCUCCUGCGGUGGCUCUCCCGCACCGCCCUCCCCCACGGCGACCAGCCGGAGGCGCUGGCCGGCAUCGCCCUCGCGCACGCCUCCCACCUCGCCGCCGCGCUCACCCUCCACCGCCUAACCGCUCUUCUGCAGGGCGGCGGCGACGCGCGGAUGCCGCUGCUGGCCGCGCUGCUGUGCGUCCUCGCCCCCGCCGGCGUCUUCCUGUCCGCGCCGUACGCGGAGGCGCCCUUCAGCGCGCUCUCCUUCGCCGGCGUCUGGGUGCUCGCCGCGGGGUACCGCCACCGACGCGGGUCCGCCCGGCGGUGGCGGCCGCGGCCGCGGGACUCGGCGGCGUCCUGGUCGCUCUCGGGAGCGUGGUGCCGCAGUAUGCCGCGUACACGAUCUACUGCGACGGCGGCGCCGCGCGGCCGCCGUGGUGCGACAGGACGGAACGUCGGCUUCCUCCGCUACUGGACGCCCAGCCAGAUCCCACUCUUCCUCCUCGCCGCGCCCGUGCUCUCGCUCCUGCUCGUCUCGGGCUGGCAGGUUCUGCGACGCCCGGCCGCGGCGGCCGGCAUGUCGCCGUCUAUCCAGGCCGACCACCGCACGCUGCUGCGCGCGCUGGCCGCCAGCCAGGCCAUCGUCGCGCUCCUUGCCCUCACCAGCUACCACGUCCAGGUCAUCUCGCGCCUCGCGUCCGGCUACGCUGUGUGGUACUGGUGGAUCGCGGCGUGCUUGGUGGACGCCGAGCGUCGGGCUACGGGGCGUGCGGCCGUCGUGUUUAUGGUCAUGUAUGCGGGGAUACAGGCGGUGCUGUUUUCUACCUUCUUACCGCCCGCGUAG